AAAAACAAAACGUAAGAAGGAGCUUCCCUUUUCUUUUAGCGAAUCCCAUUUUUCUGUUUUUUUCCAUUCUCUCUUCUUCUGCUGCACAAACUCCAUCAUCCAUUUUUCUCAUUUCCAAACUAAUAAAUAAAAAAACAGUAAUAAUUAUUAUUGGACGAAAAUCAAAAAAAAAAAGAGAGGAAAAAGAGGGCCUCUCGCUUCUCUUAUUAAAGCUCUCCUCUCCAAUCUUUAGAUUUCAAUCUCUUUUUUUUACUCUUCUGCGUUUUUCUUAAAUUUCGGAAUCCAGGAUCGUGGGUCGAUCGGUUCACAGAAUCCGAUCAAGACCCAGCUGUUCUUAUUCAUAUACACAUCCUAUUUCUUCGCAUAAGAAUGGAAAUGGAAUCAUGUAAGCUGUUCAUCGGUGGGAUUUCGUGGGAGACCAGCGAAGAUUGUCUUCGCGAGUAUUUUCAGAGUUUCGGCGAGGUUCUAGAGGCGGUGAUCAUGAAGGAUCGAGCCACUGGUCGUGCUCGUGGCUUUGGCUUCGUUGUCUUCGCUGACCCCAAUGUUGCUGAGAGAGUCGUUUUGCUCAGACAUAUUAUUGAUGGUAAAAUUGUUGAGGCGAAGAAGGCAGUUCCAAGAGACGAUCACGCAGUAUUCAACAAAAGUAACAGCAGCCCCCUCCAGGGAUCACCUGGCCCAGCACGUAGCAAAAAGAUCUUUGUGGGAGGUUUGGCUUCAUCGGUGUCAGAGGCUGAGUUCAAGAAGUACUUUGCUCAGUUUGGGAUGAUCACGGAUGUUGUGGUGAUGUAUGACCACAGGACCCAGCGACCGAGGGGCUUUGGGUUCAUUUCUUACGACUCAGAGGACGCUGUAGACAGAGUGCUGCAGAGGACAUUCCACGAACUCAACGGUAAGAUGGUGGAGGUCAAACUGGCUGUUCCUAAGGAAAUGGCUCUGAACCCAAUCCGGAACCAGAUGAAUGUAAAUAGCUUUGGCAGUAGUAGAAUCAGUGCAUUGCUGAUGAACGAGUACACCCAAGGAUUCAGCCCGAGUCCAAUCUCCAGUUAUGGAGUAAAGCCCGAAGUUAGGUACAGUCCAGCAGUAGGUAACAGGGGCGGGUUCUCACCGUUUGGACAUGGAUAUGGAAUCGAGCUGAAUUUUGAGCCAGACCAGACUCAGAACUAUGGAUCUGGUUCCAGUGGAGGAGGCUUUGGACGUCCCUUUAGCCCAGGAUAUGCUGGUAGCCUUAGCAGGUACGGUAGCCAGAUUGAGUCGGGAGGAGCUAGUGUCGGGAACGGCUCUGUGCUGAAUACAGCAACAAAGAACCAGUUAUGGGGAAAUGGUGGUCUAGGUUACAUGUCGAACUCUCCGAUAUCUAGAAGCAGCUUCAGUGGAAACUCUGGAAUGUCUUCACUAGGCAGCAUCGGAGACAACUGGGGAGCAGCUGCACGUGCACGUAAUAGCUACCGCAGUGAGGGAGGAGGCGUAGGAUUAGAAGCAAUGAGAGGUGGUCCUAUUGGUGGUUACAGCAGCGGCUCAAGCAGCUUGGAGACAGACUCUCUGUACAGUGACUCGGCGUGGCUUUCGCUGCCUGCAAAGGCGGAGGAAAGAUUGGGAAUGGGAGCAUUUGACUUCAUGUCUAGAGGACCAGCUGGAUACAUCAACAGGCAACCAAACGGAGGAAUUGCAGCUUAGAGAAGUGGGAAAAUCCAUUCCAUGGAGAUCAGAUGAUGAUUUGGCUAUUUGCAGAAGAGUUUUUAGAAGAGGAAAAAGUUAUAACAUUAUUUGUUUUAAAAAAAAAGCUUUAAAGCUUUUCUUUUACUUUCUUACUAUUUUGAUUGUUGUUAUAGUUUAUCUUUUACACCCUUUUUCUAAUUUGGGGUUUUGUUUCUUUUUUAUCUUAAAAGAAGAACCAAAAGAAAGAUGUAAAACCAAAUGAUAUAAAGAGACAAAGAAACAAUGAAGUGUAAUACGUUCUUGUCUUUCUCCCCUUUCCUAUAUAAAUCCAAGAUAUUGACAUAUUCAAACAUGAAUACGAAUUUAAAAAAAAAGAGAGGAUCGCAUUGCCUAGAAUGUAGGCAAUGUAGUGUGAAGGCGACAUGUGGCAAACAUGUGGAUGAUGAUAAGCCAAGAGGACAAAGAGCAAUCCAUCAUCAAUAAUCCAUCAUCCAUCACAAUAAUAUCCAUUUAUGUGAAGUGGACCAAAAGAGAGAGAAGCGAGUGUUACAGUCCUCAAAAUAGAGACGAAACAUCCUAAUCCCUCAACUCUCUGAGAGCUUCAAGACUUCACUGGAAUCGCCUCCAUUGUCCCCACACUCCUCUAUAAGGUUUACCAAUCCCCCACGAGACAGACUCUCUCAAAGCAACACACAAAGAUGCGUUUGCUAGUAGCUGAAGUAGCAGCUUCACCAUUUUCUUCUGACACAGCAUGUAACUCCCAUAGUUGCAUAUGGAAGCCUUACUCCAACUCUACUGACUUCCAAGCAAGCGCAUCCGUUCUUGUCAUCCUUCUCUUCUCUGCCCUCAUCUGUGCCCUCUCUCUCUACGCUGCGAUCCGUUGCUUUCUCCGGCCAGCUCACGGCGCUGAUGACGACGACGGCCACAAGCCUGAUCCCGAGGCGGAUGUUUCAUCCACCAUACCAACUCCUACGCUUGUCUACUCCUCCGACCUUGAGCUUGCAGGUGCUGAAGCAGAGUGCGCCAUUUGCUUGUCUGAAUUCGAACAAGGUGAGAGUAUCCAAGUGCUGGAGAAAUGUCAUCAUGGGUUCCAUGUCAAGUGCAUCCACAAGUGGCUCUCUUCCCGCUCCUCCUGUCCUACUUGCCGGACUUCUAUCUUCUCACAGCAAACCUUAGACUCAACGGAAACUCCUUCAGGCCAGAUCAAUGCUUAGCUUUCCUCGAUUCUUCUCCCACUUCCUCAUCUUCUUUCCAAAACUUAGACUUUUUGUGCUUUUUCGUUAAUUCCAAAGUUUAGACUUGUAUCAUGUUUUGCUUGAGAUUACCCAGUUUCUGUUCUACUUUGAUCACGAUUUAGAAUCUGCAUCCAUCAUCCUUGAUCAAUAACAUCUGCACCAAACUCUACAGCGACUCAGAAAACCUAACUUCCCCAAAUCAAAAGCAGUUUCAAUUUCUU